AUGGUAAUUUCUGAUUGUUUUCUAUGUGGUUUUAUAAUGUACUUGACAUCAAAUCAAAAUCUUCUUGCAGACUCUGGCAUCUUUAGUAUUCCGUCGAUUUCUCACCUCCAUAAUGACCAGUCUAGAGUCAGUGUCGACUGUGGACAUUGAUCCUCGCGGCACCUUCAAGUACAUCCUAAUAAAAGUGAGGUUUUCUGUUAUUAUUCUUGACUUUUAGUUGGUGGACCCGAAAUCAAAGCAAGAAAAGUAUAUUGUUCGAGGCUACGGCGAUUGCGGAUAUCAUGCUGACAUCCUGGACAAAGUUGAGACCAAUCAAACUCGUGGGCUUGUUGCAGACUGUCUCGGCGGCGGGCGGAUUAAACACGAUGCGAAUGGAAAGAGCCUGAAAGUUUAUGGAUAUUCGACUGGUUUCGGGCGCGCAGACCACGAAAAAGCGGUGGAAUUGCUGAAAACCAAGUAUCCAGAGUACGAAAUUACCUGGUCUAAUGAGGGAUAUUAG